UUCACCACAAGGUGGCGCACUGCGACGAUCUCCAAGUCAUACCGAUACAAGCGGAAAGGCCAUCGGUCCUGUAUAAGGAUUAUUUAUUUACAUUUCAGCAUACUUCACUCUGUAAGGUACCAAUCUAGUGGACCACAUUUCCCAAAGCAGCAUUUGAAAAGUGGUGGAACUCCAUCUGAAAAUGAUCUGAGAAGAUAUGAUUGCAGGCCCAGCCUUGGCCUCCUGGCCUUCAACACAGAACCAGCCCCCUGCCGCGGAUCUAGGCUCUUCUGUCUCCACGCAUCACAACUCAGCGGGAGUGACAAAUGAAAAUCGGCAGCAGGGCACGAGGGGCAAGCGGAGGCUGCGGGAGAGAUCGGAAAACGCCAAGCGCAGACAUUCGGGGCGAAACCUUGGCAGUGCUGAGCGGCCCCAGUUUGAGAAUGGAGAUGUUGAGGCCGUUACCCUGUUUGAAGUGGUUACCAUGGGAAAAAGUGCUAUGCAGGCCGUAGUGGAUGAUUGGAUAGCGGCUUAUCAGACAGACCGAGAAACCGCCCUCCUGGAUCUCAUCAGCUUCUUCAUCCAGUGCUCAGGAUGCAAAGGGGUGGUGACAGCAGAGAUGUUCCAGUGCAAGCAGGACAGUGACGUCAUGAGCAAAAUGGUGGAGGAACUGGAUGAGGGGUCUGGCCUGCAGUACAAGAAGUUCCUUGCGUUUCCUUGGAUCCUGACAGUCACAUGGCCUUUGGACAUGGGCGGUGGGGAGUACCCUCUGAUCAUGCCCGGCCCAUAUUGGAAGCGGUUUCGCUCCAGCUUCUGCGAGUUCGUGUCCGUGCUGGUGGCACACUGCAAGUACAGCGGCGUGUUUGACAGCUACCUGACGGACACCCUCAUUUCUCUGCUGACCGAGCUGUCAGAUUCCAGAGUGCGGGCCUUUCGGCACACCUGCACACUAGCAGCUGUGAAGCUGCUCACUGCCUUGAUUGGCGUGGCCCUGAAACUCAGUGUGAGUGUGGACAACAGCCAGAGGCUGUAUGAGGUGGAGAAGGCUAAGGCUUCCAACAAAAGAGUCGGGUCCCGGCUGGAGAAGCUCCAGCGCAAGAUUGAUGAGUUGCAAGACAAGAGGCUUGAAAUGGAGAACAUGAUGGAUGUGAUUUUCAAAGGCGUCUUUCUGAAGCGAUAUCGGGAUGUGAUUCCGGAGAUCAGAGCCAUCUGCAUGGAGGAGCUGGGAGUCUGGAUACGGCUGUACGGUCACAUGUUCUUCAAUGACAGCUAUCUGAAAUACGUCGGGUGGAUGCUCUAUGACAAGCAACCUGAUGUCCGUUUGAAGUGCGUGCGGGGUCUGCAGGGCCUGUAUGCCGACCCUCUCCUGAUCCCCAAACUGGAUCUCUUCACCAGUCGCUUUAAGGAGAGAAUGCUGUCCAUGACACUGGACAAGGACCACGAGGUGGCAGUGCAGGCACUGAGACUGCUGAUGAUUAUCUCACAGUCCUGUGACGACACUCUAAGUGCUGAGGACUGUAAGCGCCUGUACCAGCUGGUGUUCGCCUCCCACCGAGCCCUGGCAUCCACUGCGGGGGAGUUCCUCUACACAAAGCGACUGAGCGCUUGCACCCAGCUUGACCGCGCGGAUGGCCCCUCUGAACGGGACCCCGUUGCUGCCAGGAUUGUAGCCAUCCUUCAGUUCUUCGGGGAGAGCGAGCUGCACCAGCAUGUGGUUUACCUGGUGGACAGUCUGUGGGACUCUGCAGGAUCCCUGCUGAAGGACUGGGCCAGCCUCACCUCUCUGCUGCUGCAUGGUGCAGGACUGAGCUGUGCCCAAGAAGGCCUUCUGAUCGAGGUUCUCCUAGCGUCUGUAAGACAGGCAGCAGAGGGACCCCCAGUGGCAGGCAGAGGAACUGGCAAGAAGGUGACCAGUGCCAGGGAGCGGAAGGCCCAGGCUGACGACUGUCUGCGGCUGACGCAGCACUUCGCAGUGACCCUUCCUCAGCUGCUCUCCAAGUUCUCGGACGACCCGGAGAAGGUGGCGUGCUUACUCCGAAUACCUCAGUACUUCCAGACCGACGCCAGUAGUGCUGGGUUUGCAGAAAAGUACCAGGAAGCCCUGCUCGCAGAGAUGGGUGUCGCUGUGGAGAGGCACAGUGACGCGGCAGUCCUGCAGGCGGCCGCGGGCACCUUCCAGGCGCUGGGCAGCGAGGACACAGCCUGGCACAACGCGGCAUCUGCUGCUCGUGACCAGCUGGUGCGGCGCUGGGCUGCGAGGCUGGGCGCCCUUCUGGGAGACGCGCUGACACCGGAUGGGGUGUUCAGUGCUGAUGCGGACACUGUGGAGGAGAUUCUCUCCAUGCUAAAACGAGUUGCCACUUUCUACAAUGCUCAGGAUCUGUCCCAGUGGGGGCUCCAGGACGCAGCCUCUCGCCUGCUCGGGGUGGAGCUGGAUCACGGUGGAGUGCCCCAUCAGGUGGCGUCGGUGGCCCUGCGCUGCGUGUGCUGCUCCAUCCUCUGGCGCCUCAGCACUUGUAUGGAAACAUCGCUGUCCAGGGAGGAGGCCGUAGCCCAGCGGAAUCAGCUGCGGGCCUUCUGUGAGCGCUGCUGCCGCUUCCUGUCUCACGGGCAGCCCUCCGUCAGGGAGCAGGCCUUCCUCUCGCUCUGUGACUUGCUCACCGCUCACAGUUACCUCCAGGCGUGGGACCACACUGUCGGUGCCCCCCUGCUCUACACCCCGGACCCCAAGCUCCAGCGGGCCCUGCUGGCUUUCACCUUGGAGCACGUCUUCACGGGUGCUGACCACGACGCCCAGAGCAGGGCCAGCGAGAGUGACCUUGAGACCAGCCGGCUGGAGGAUCUUCACAGGCGCCGGAACCUUCUGGCAGCCUACUGCAAGCUGAUCGUGCAUGGCGUGCUGGAGAUGAACAUGGCCGUCGAGGUCUUCAAGCUCUACAUGCAGUACUACAAUGACUUUGGGGACAUCAUAAAGGAGACAUUGAGUCGGACCAGGCAAAUGGACAAAAUGGAGAGUGCGAGGACUCUGGUCCUGUGCCUGCAGCAGCUCUUCCUGCGUCUGAAGCAGGAGCAGCAAAGCAGCAGUGGCUCCGGGUUUCAGAGCUUCAGUAGCAUCAAGGAGCUGGCCAGGCGCUUCUCGCUCACCUUUGGCUGGGAUCAGAUCAAAUCCCGGGAGUCUCUCACCAUGAUUCACAGGGAUGGCAUCGAGUUUGUAUGCCAGGGCUUCGUCCAGCAGGCAGAGAGACAGGCCCCUCCUAACAUCUCCUACCUCACCAUCCUGAGUGAGUUCUCCAGCAAGCUUCUGAAGCCAGACAAGAAGACAGUAUACAGCUACCUGCAGAAGUGCGUUGGGGAGGCCGUCAGCAGCAAGGACGACUGCUGGCUGCCCCUGGCCUACUACAGGGCCUCUCUGAUGGCCACGGCCGAGGGGGUGGAGGACGCCGGCUCCCACGUCAGCUCGGACACCUCCAGGCAGGCCUCCUCGGCCCAGUGCUCCCGCUCCUCCUCGCUGAAGCAGGCUCCCGUUGUGGGAGAGGUGCAGGGCAACAAGACUGCAGAGCUGAAGAGCUCACCUGUGUUCACCUGGGCAGAAUGGAAGGGGAGAAAGGCCCUGAAGUUCACCGCAAGCGCUGACAUGGCGGAGCAGGAGUCAGAGAGACUGCUGGGCGCCCCUGACGACGAGGUGAAUGUGGAUUCGGAGGUCGACCCCUGACUUGCCUGGUGUGUGCAAUGAGGGCGUGUCACAUACCUGAAUGUUUGGGUGGAGGCUACUGGAAUCGAGUGCUGCAUUCCCAUUAUGGGGCUGAAGCAGGUAGUGGGCGUUAGUCACCCUGAUGAAACAAAUAUUGCAAGGGUCACGCUUUAACUGUAGUAAUCGUGCAGUAAGGAGCUGCACUGCUAGAUCUGCCAGGGGGGAGAGUGGCACCCAGUUAAUGACUAAUACUGUAUAUACAUAUACUGUAUCUGUGUCGGGAUGAGGGAAGUUCCAGCACUCAGGAAUUAAAUGUUUAAUUUUGGCAA